UCUGACACGUGGCGGCACCUGAUCAUUAGGAGAGAGCUUCCCUUGGCCUGUUUAACUGGCGAUAGCCUCAGUGCCUUUUCAUCAGGAUCGUGCGGAGAACUAUGCGGCAGGUACCAUGAGACACUUUCCACUGGUCGUACUCUUCUGCCUUGUCCACAUUUUCCACCUCACUUUUCAAUUAGAUAGCAGCUCCUUCCUGAUUUACAACUUGGACCACAACAAGUGUGUGGUGGCCCUCAGCGCCAACUCCAUCCAGGUCAUGGCCUGCAACCCGUCCAACAGUGCUCAGCAAUUUCGCUGGGCCUCGGGAUCACGGAUGCUCAGCAUCUCGCAGAAGCUCUGCCUGGGUGCCCAGAGCCUCAAAGACUGGGUCAAGGUGCUGCUGUACCCUUGCGAUGAGAAGAGCAACUUGCAACAGUGGGAGUGCAAGAACGAGACCCUGUUCGGCGUGGUGGGAGCCGACCUCCACUUCAACUACGGCAACUUCAACGAGAAGAACAUGAUGAUCUACAAAGGCUCAGGUUCCUGGAGCCGUUGGCAGAUCUACGGCACCCAGGAGAACCUCUGCUCUAGGGGCUAUGAAGAGAUCUUCUCCAUCGGUGGCAAUGGAUUGGGAAGUCCCUGCCAGUUCCCUUUUAGGUUCGAACAGAAAUGGUAUGCUGAGUGCACCCUGGCUGGUAGGUCAGAUGGCCUCCUUUGGUGCUCCAUGGACACUGACUAUGAUAAAGAAAAGAAGUGGGGAUUCUGUCCAACCAAAUCCAACGCUGGCUGGGACAGCGACCCGGUUACGGGGGUACUGUACCAGAGGAACAUGCAGGCCACCCUGACUUGGCACCAAGCCCGCAAAAGCUGUCAGCAGCAAGGUGCAGAUCUGCUGAGCGUCGUGGAGCUGCACGAACAGACCUACAUCGCAGGACUUACAAACACUUUGGGUUCAUUGCUGUGGAUUGGCCUGAACAGCCUGGACUUCGGCAGCGGCUGGCAGUGGAGUAACGGCAACCCAUUCCGAUAUUUGAACUGGGCCCCAGGCCACCCAUCUUCUGUGCCUGGCAUGAACUGUGCUGCCCUGAACUCUGGAAAAGCCUCCAAGUGGGAAGGUAUCUCCUGUUCCCAGAAGCUGGGGUACAUUUGCCGGAAAGGGAACUCCACCAGCCUCACUCCUUUGCCCUCUGUGACGGAGCAGCCCGGCUUUUGCUCAAGUCACUGGGUGCCAUACGCCGGCCGCUGUUACUACAUCCAGCGCACAAAGAAGAUGUGGAAAGAUGCCCUGGCCGAGUGCCAUAAGGAGGGCGGAGAUCUGGCCAGCCUCCACAACAUCGAAGAGCAUAGCUUCGUCAUCUCCCAGCUCGGCUACCUGGAGAGUGAUGAGCUGUGGAUUGGGUUGAAUGACCAGCGGACCCCCAUGCUGUUCGAGUGGAGCGAUCGGUCACAUGUGACCUUCACCAACUGGAAAGUGGGUGAGCCAAGCCAUGGGGUCAGCCUGCAGGAGGACUGUGUGCUCAUCAAGGGAAAGGAAGGAAAGUGGGCAGACCACCUGUGCGAGAAGGAGUUUGGAUAUAUCUGUAAGAAGAAAGCAUCUACCAAGCAAACAGGCACCUCUGUGACUGUGGCCGAGGGCUGCAAGCCUGGAUGGACCAGAUUUGGUGCUUACUGCUACUACGUUAGCUCAGAGAAGAAAACCUUCGAUGAGGCAAAAGUGAUGUGCCAGAACAGUAAUUCAUACCUGAUCGACGUCAUCAAUAGAUACGAAAAUGCCUACCUCGUCAGCUUAGUGGGACUGAGGCCGGAGAAGUACUUCUGGCUCGGCCUGUCGAACACCGCCGACCGCCACACUUUCGUGUGGACCAACACAAAGAAUGUGAAGUUCACUCACUUUAACGUGGGGAUGCCAGACAGAAAACAGGGCUGUGUCGCCAUGACGACCGGAAUGCUCGCCGGCCUGUGGGAUGUGAUCAGUUGCUCCACCCAGCAGAAAUACAUAUGCAAGCAUAUGGCAGAGGGGAUCAUCUCCACGGUGGCCCCGCCCACCACACCGCCGCUCACCUGCCCAUUGCAGUGGAGAUCCCUGGGAAGCAGAAACUACUGCUAUAAGGUCUACAAUAAGAACACGAAGCAGAAGAAGACCUGGUUCGAGUCUCGGGAUUUCUGCAGGGCCAUCGGGGGCGACCUGCUCAGCAUUCACAGCAGCAACGAGCUUGACGGCAACAUCAUGGGCCCCAUGUCAGAAAAUGCCUGGAUCGGCAUCAAUGCUCUCAAUGUCAACGGAGGCUUCUCAUGGAGCGACGGAUCGGUGGUUUCAUACGAAAACUGGGGAUAUGGAGAACCGAACAACUACAACGAUGUGGAAUUGUGUGGAGAAGUCAGCUUUUACUACGGAAAGCCAUGGAACGACCGCCACUGUGAAGUCUAUAACAGCUGGAUAUGCCAGAUCCGCAAAGGUGUCACCCCAAAACCAGAGCCAACAAACAUCGUUCCUGAAUACAAUGUGACCAAGGAUGGCUGGAUCGAGUACAAUAACACCCAGUAUUACAUCAACAAACAGAAGCUAGCUGCAGAUGAUGCCAGAGCCUACUGUAAGAGGAACUUUGGUGACCUGGUGGUUAUCACCGGGGAAAGUGAGCGAAAGUUCCUAUGGAAAAAGAUAUCCCGCGAAAAUGAAGACCAGUAUUAUAUCGGCUUGACUGUGGACCUGGAUAAAACCUUUCAGUGGGUGGAUGGAAGCCCCGUGUCGUACGUGGCCUGGGAGAACAACGAACCUAACUUUGCCAACAACGACGAGAACUGUGUGACCAUGUACAAGGGCAUGGGCUUCUGGAAUGACAUCAACUGUGGUGUCACCCUACCCUCAAUCUGUAAGAGAAACAUAGACGUUCCCGUUAAUGCCACUGCCGCCCCCACCGAAGCGGCUAAAGGAGGCUGCCCCCCAGACUGGAAUUUCUUCCAAGGAAAGUGCUACAAGUUCCUCGGUGAAUCUCAAUCAGACCUGAAAUCUUGGCGAGAUGCUAGAUCCUACUGCAUCAACCUGGGAGGAAACUUAGUGUCCAUCCUGAAUGAAAAGGAACAAGCAUACCUGACCAUCAGAGGGGGUGGCAUCUCCUCCAACACAUGGAUCGGCCUCAACGACAUCAACUGGGAGAUGCGCUUCCUGUGGACAGACGGCAGGGGCGUCUACUACACCAACUGGGCCAAAGGCCAGCCCAUAUCCAUGCCGGAUCGCGGCAACAUAUUCAUGGAGGACGAUGAGUAUGACUGUGUGGUUUUGGUCGGAGGCUCCACAAUCCAUGCCGGACUUUGGAAAGUCGAAGGUUGCUCAGCUAAGCGCGGAUUCAUCUGCAAGAGGAAUAUUGACCCUCAGAUAAAUAUCCCAGCAACUACCGUGCUUCCCAAGACCUAUCAGAAGCUGGGCAAUGACUCCUACAAGGUGGUGGCCCAGGCGAUGAACUGGGAUGAGUCCAGAAGGCAGUGCAAAGCGGACGAUGCAGAGCUGGCGAGCAUCUUGAACCCUAUCGCCCAGGCUUACAUGUCAAUGUUCCUCUACCAGCACAAGAAGUCAAUGUGGAUUGGCCUCAACACCAACGAGACUAACGGGUAUUUCCGCUGGACUGACAACUGGCGGAUGCGGUACUCCAACUGGGCACCAGGGGAACCACGCAACAACAUAGGAUGCGUGUACAUCGACGUCGACGGCAAGUGGAAGACGGCCUCCUGCAGCGAGAGCCACUACUCCCUGUGCAAGCAUUCACCCGAAAUCGCUCCCACCGAUGCUCCUCAGCUCCCGGGAAACUGCCCCGAGCCAAAGAGGCGCAGGACGUGGGUGCCAUUCAGGGGCCACUGCUACGCCUUCAUGCUCAUGAUGGAGAACUGGGCUCACGCCUCCAUCGACUGCAUGCGCAUGGGAGGCACCUUGCUUAGCAUCGAAGAUCCAUUGGAGGCCAAAUUCAUAAAAGACAACUUGGACAUAUUGCAGGACGGAACAAAAGCCUUCUGGAUUGGCCUGUACAAAACCCACGGAGGGGACUGGUUGUGGAUCGACAACAGUGUGGUGGACUACUCUGAAUGGCUUGUCGGCGAGCCCUCUGAAACCAACGAAGAUUGUGUCGAGAUUUUGUCGGACACGGGCAAAUGGAACAACAACAACUGCAACCGCUACAAGUCGUACAUUUGCAAGAUGCCCAAAGUUAUACCCCCAACACAAAAACCCCAAACUGUGAUUCAGCCUGAGGAGCCCCCCCAGAGUUUCGCGGGAGUCGCCGUAGCCGUGGUGAUCGUCAUCCUGACUCUGGUGGGAGUCGCCGGCUACUUCCUGUACAAGCGGAGGCCAAUCCUGCAGGAGUGCACCUUCGACAACACCCUCUACUUUAACAGUGACCCCUCGCGUUCCACCAGCAUUGACACCAAGGGUCUGGUGGAUAACAUUGAGCAGAAUGAGCGGGCCAUCACCAUCUGACAGAGCCAGCUGCCAGAAGGACACAUCAGGCAAGUCCUCAAGGACCAACCCAUGCUAAGAGUUCAGUUCUAGGGAGAAGAAUUCACAUGUUGAAAACCCACGGCACAGUUAUGAACAUGACUGGUCUUGUGAUGGGCUCAGAGAAUCAAACACAAGCCACGAAUCUUGAGGAGCUGUGUUAAAUAAUCAUCGACAUGCUUGGGACCAACAGUGUGUAAAAUUCGCCUGUCUCUCUCUGAUGUCACUGACAGGAAGCCAUGUUUGAAGAAUGAAUGACUGUGAUGCCGAUUCCAGAAGGAAACCAUUCAAAUGAUUUUUUUUUGUACAGCUGGAUAAAUGUCUUGGAAACAAUUAAAAAAUUUUUUUUGCAAAUGCUUACAAGUAGCUCAGAGCUGUGCUUCAUCUAAGCCAUUUCUGGAUGUGUGCCCCAUCUGGUCUGCCCCACCUUUUGCUUAUUUCACUUGGAAACUGUUGUUUUUUUCGUCUGUAAAUAAAUGUUAACAAAACUGGGAA